UACUUUGAUCUCGCAAGUUUAGCGUGAGGAAUGGAGUGUAGUGGCUUGUCACACGCAACAAAUCCGAUCUUCUCAUAUUCCAAUAAUUUAGGAAUCUGUUCAAAUCAGAUAGUAGCAAAUCCAUAUAAUUAUUUAAAGAUUGAGCCCAGUUUUCCCGAAGAAAUGGGACGGACUCCAAUGAAAGAAAUGAAUAAUAUAGAAUCAAACAUAGGAGUUGAGAAUGCUGUUCAAAAUUAUGAAUACAAUAUUCCUCCCCCAUACACUAAUUCAUCAUAUUCAGGUAAUUUUUCAAACUAUGCAAUCAAGAACGAUUAUCCCACUUGUUCAUUACCUGGGUAUACGUACUAUUCUCAGAAUGACGUGAUAAACUAUCCAUGCAUCUCACCUCAUAAUUACUCAUAUGAACACAACUAUUUACCUGAACAUUCAAAUAAUAUCCAUCAUUCGUUCGGUUGUCAUCAAACUUGUAACUGCCAUUCAUCAUAUUUACCUAUCCGAAACCAAAGCAAAGUUUUCCCCAUUAAAGUUGAACCUCCGGAUAGUGAUAAUGAAAACAGUUGCUUUUCGAUUAAAGAUGAACAGGUAAAGAAAAAGUAUGCGUGCACAUUUCCCGGUUGUGAGAAAAGGUAUUUAAAGUCAAGUCAUUUAAAGGCUCACUAUCGAAUUCAUACUGGUGAACGUCCAUUAGUUUGUGUAUAUCCUUAUCCACGUAAUAUAACUGGUAAAAUCCCGAUUAAUUCAUUGACUAUACCAAUAUGUGGUAAAACAUUUGCACGUUCAGAUGAAUUAACGAGGCAUUUGAGAAAGCAUCUAAAUUUACGACCAUUCAAGUGCGAUUUAUGCUCAAAAACAUUUAGUAGAUCUGAUCAUUGCAAAACACAUCAACGUACUCAUUUAAAUGGUCUCGAUAAAACAAUGACUCCAUAUUCCAAUAAUCAUUCACUUACAUUAAACCAUACUAGUAAUGGAAAAAAUAACGAUUAUAUUCAUUCCACAACACAUUUUAUAGCAUCAGCAGAAGUGGGUGUGAAUCCUUCCAUUAAUCCUUUACCAAUGUCAUCGUCAUCAUCAUAUCUGCCAUUUCCGAUGAAUACAGAAUAUUCACUAUCAUCAUCAUCAUCAUCAUCAUUAACAUCAGAUUCAUUGUCUUUGGCUUCCUCUUCCGUACAUUUCCCAAUAUAAACACUACAAUAAUAAGGUGUUAAUUUCACGUUUUUUUUCAGUUAACUUAAUUGACAAUAAAGCACUUUUUUCGGGAAACAAAACCCGGUAAUUAUCAUAUCUUUCGUUAUUUGAAAUAGGCUAAUAUUUAUUUUCAAAAUUAAAAAGGUAAAACAUUCUGUUUUUUUUUGUUCAUUUAACAGAUUCUUUUAUUAACUUAUGUAUUACAGAUUUCUACCUAGUUGGACAUAUUUUCUCUAUCGAAAUAACCUACACUAUUUCUUUUUGAAUAAAAGAGUUGUUAUUAUUUUUUGUAUAAUGUGUAAAUAAAACAUUUUCCAGAUGA